CAUUAGAGAUAAGUGGGCCAAUUUGGGAAGAUUGCUGGACCAAGAAAUCGUUUGGGGUGGUGGGGUGAGGGGUUCCAAUUCUCAAAUCAAAGACAAUGGUCCAAGAUGUCAUCAUCGCCCAUACUUUCGACUCUUCCAAUGGCGAAUCCUAUACUUCUCAGAGGCUCUCCGCUCCUCCGCCUCCGACUUCAACUUUACCACUACAGACUCUCUCCCUCCUUCAUAUCACCCCCUCGUUGGCAUUUGUUAUCCACUGCCGCCAUUGACUCCACUCGCCCGGAGGAGAAAGCGUCCUCAUCUACUGCUAACUCCGGUUCAUUACACAGCGUUAAGGACUCCCCCAAAUACCAGAGGUGGAACGAUGCUGAUUACCGCCAGUGGAAAAAUAAAGAGGACGAGAUUCUCAAGGACAUCUCGCCUAUUAUUUUGCUCACCAAGGACAUCCUUCAUUCGGGAAUGUAUAUGGAUGGAGAACGAUUAACACCUGAGGAUGAGAAAGCUGUGGUGGAAAGGCUUCUUGCCUAUCAUCCACAUGCUGAAGAUAAAAUCGGAUGCGGACUUGAUUCUAUUAUGGUUGAUCGACACCCCCAAUUCAGUCAUUCACGGUGCCUGUUUAUCAUUAGAACUGAUGGAGCGUGGAUCGACUUCUCAUAUCAGAAGUGUCUUCGACAAUAUGUUAGAGAGAAGUACCCAUCUCAUGCAGAAAGAUUCAUAAGAGAACAUUUCAAACGCGGUAGUGGUUUAUAAUAAAUAGUGGCUGGGUCUUCCUUGCCCCAUUCGUACUUUGAUCAAAGAAAUUAGACGAGUACAUAGCUGGAAGUUGGUAUGUUUGCGUAGUUUUCACAAAUGUAAAUCCAAGGACAUCAAAACUCAUCAUCUGAUUAUGAUACAAGGCCACGAUGAUCAAUGAUGUCGUAUCUCGUCCUUGGAGAUCCAAAUGCGUGUGCUAUGGUAAUCAAUUCUCUUUGUAGGCAAUGCUAUCUUGUGGCUUGUUUUGGAAGAAAGGUUACAACUUAAUUGUAACUCGCGUGAGACACUUAACAUAUUUUGAUUACCGUGUUCAAUGGAUGAGGAAUAUGUUGCCUAAUAACGUCUUUGAUCAUCUUUUGAUUUUUCUUAGCCAAGGUUUAAUUGCACUAUUUAAAGUCCUCGCAUCAUGGACUUUAAUUUCUUAGAGCGUCUUUGGUAAGCAAAGAAAAGGUGAGGGAAAUGGUGGAUGGAUUUUAGGAAGAAGUUUGUUUUGACUGGAAAGGAUUUUAUGUAAGGUGUUUAGUUCGAGUUAAGUUUUAAUGGACUCUCUCCCUUCUCCUAAUACUGAAAGUAAAGAAACAUUCCCUUUGUC